CUCAGCGGGGCGCUCGCUCACCCUCGCGCCCUCAGCAGCAACGCGGUGGUUCUGCGCAGGGCGCGUUCCGGGCUCCGGCGUGUCCCGCCGCGCAGCCCCGGGCGCCGGGCGCGGACACUCGGCCUUCUCAGCCCUGGGCGUCCUCACACCGGCGGAAUCGGGACACGCGAUUCAUCACCAGGCUAGAGCCUACAUUUACAUGUGGAGGAGUUGUAUCUGGAGAGUCAGGGUUUAUUGGGAGUGAAGGAUUUCCUGGAGUCUACCCUCCAAACAGCAAAUGUACUUGGAAAAUCACAGUCCCAGAAGGAAAAGUGGUGGUUCUUUCUUUUAGACAUUUAGACCUGGAAAGCGACAACUUGUGCCGAUAUGAUUUUGUGGAUAUAUACAAUGGCCAUGCCAAUGGACAACGCAUUGGCAGGUUCUGUGGUACGGUGAAACCAGGUGCCCUUGUAUCCAACAGCAAUAAAAUGUUGGUGCAGAUGACUUCAGAUGCUAAUACUGCUGGAAGUGGAUUCAUUGCGAAGUUUUCUGCAGCAGAACCACAUGAAAGAGGGGACCAGUACUGCGGGGGACGACUGGAGAAGCCGUCGGGGUCCUUCCAAACGCCCAACUGGCCAGAGCGGGACUAUCCAGCGGGAGUCACCUGCUCCUGGCAUAUCGUUGCACCGAAGAACCAGCUAAUAGAGUUAAAGUUCGAGAAGUUUGAUGUGGAGAGAGACAACUACUGCAGAUACGAUUAUGUCGCAGUGUUUAAUGGUGGGGAAAUCAAUGAUGCUAAAAGAAUCGGGAAGUACUGUGGAGACAGUCCACCAGCGCCUAUUCUGUCUGAGAGAAAUGAGUUGCUCAUUCAGUUUUUGUCUGAUUUAAGCUUAACAGCUGAUGGUUUUAUUGGCCAUUAUAAAUUUAGACCAAAAAAGUUACCCACAACUACUGUUCCGCCUACUACCACAACAGUCCCUGCUACCUCAAAACAGAUAGUUGUGAAACCAACAGUUGCCUUGUGCCAGCAAAAGUGUAAGAGGAGUGGGACUCUCGAAAGCAAUUAUUGUUCAAGCAACUUCGUAAUAACUGGAACUGUAAUCACAGCAAUAACGCGGGCUGGCAGUCUGCAUGCAACAAUAUCAAUCAUUAAUGUAUAUAAGGAGGGAAAUUUAGCAAUUCAACAAGCUGGCAAGAGCAUGAGUGCUAAGAUUAUUGUUGUAUGUAAGCAGUGUCCUUUCAUCAGAAGAGGUCUAAACUACAUCAUCAUGGGCCAGGUAGAAGACGAUGGUAGAGGGAAAGUCUUUCCCAACAGCUUUGUCAUGAGUUUUAAGACUAAGAACUCAAAGAUCCUAAAUGCCUUGAAAAACAAGACAUGUUAA